AAAGAAACAGCAAUAAAUAAGACCAAUAAGAAAACCUCAAAAUUUCAAGAACAAACUUGGCCUGUAUAGAAUAUUUUUGUUAAAAUGUGGUAGUUUUAGGAACUUUGUUUAUUAAAUUAUUUUGGUAAAUUUACGAUCAUGAUAUCAGCCAAUAAAUCAUUUAAAGAGCUCACCCGAGGUAAGGUAUGGGUAAAACCGACAGAUCAAAUGGAUUUAUGGUUGGAUUCUCAAGGAUACUACAGGAAACACACAGCUAAAGAUGGGUCAUGUCUUUACCGUGCAGUGUCCGAACAGGUAUUUCUCGCCCAAGCUUUCCACCUGGAUGUGCGAAGGCAUUGUGCAGAGUAUGCUCAGCGACAUCCAGAAUUGCUGGACAGUGUUAAUUACUGUACAAAAAAGGAAUAUGUCGAUCGCAUGAAGCAUCCCCACGAAGCAGGAGGCAAGCUGGAACUAGAAUUGAUGUCCCGAAUGUACAAGAGAGACUUUUUGCUGUUUAAUGAACCUGGAAAAUUGUACGAGCCAGUAACGGACCACGGUUUUGAUAAGCAGAUCAUGCUUUGUCUGUCUCAAGAACACCACUAUGACUCUGUGUAUACCAAACAGUACAUUUCAAACGCUGCAUUUUGCCAGUCUCUGAUUUAUGAAACCCUGUACAAAAAAGUGUUCCAACUGGAAGAAGUGGACUACGCUGUCAAAAAGAUGCUGCAUGACAAGACGUCCAAAUAUCAAAGAGAUCCGAGCUCGUUCUUUAUGAAUGGGUUGGACCUGAGGCUCGAAAUUAGAGAUAGUUAUUCAAACGUCAAAAACCUUCUUAACUUGGGUGUCACCCCGUUUCCAUACAAGGUGGCCAAAUCUCUGGAUCCAGAUAUAUAUAGAAAUGUCGAGUAUGACACUUGGAAUGAAAUAAGACGAGGUCUGCGCUACGGGAUGUACAUGUGGAACAACCGAGAACUCCAAGUAGGAGUGAAGUGUCUGGUCAAGUUACCCUCGGACAGAGUGUGUCACGCUCACAUCCAGGACAUGUCUCCCGACAAGGGUCCGGUCAUCGUCUUUGUGGAGGAGCUCGGCGAAAAGAUGUCCGUGUCGUAUGAGAGUCUAGAGUUGUUGCCGCAGUCACCUCCAUCACAACCUCUGUCUCUUCCGCUCAAACAGCUGCGGCAACUACAAACUCUGCGGGAACUGACCUCACUAGAUGAUCUCAAAGAGGUUUUAGACAAUGAAGAUAAAAGUAAUAAUGCGGACACUCCAUCAAGUCAUAACAGUGAAAAAGAAAUGAUCUGGAAAAGUGAACACGACAGAAGCGGUGCAAUUGCUCCAAAGCUGAAAAUGUUCAAUGAUCUGUCAAAGUCUAAUAAGAAGACUAAUAGAUCGUACCGAAUAAAAAGCAAAGAACUUACUUACCAACCAAGUAGUGAAAGUCAUAAACGACAGAUGGAAGACAACGCUGUUGUAUCAAGCACCUCUGACUGUAACUAUUCUCCCUCGGAAGUAUCAGCUACACACCACCGAGAAAAUGUGGAGGAAUACAAUCCCAACUCAUUUAACUACCAGGCAAUCGAUCAUCACGCUGAGAGGGAGCGUCCAGAACAAAUAACUGUAGAGGCCACCAGUACUGUGGGUCCCCCCGCAAUGGUGUGUAUCGAGCCCCACUUCUACAUGCAGCCGAUGGAUGGCUUUGCCCCGCCAUCCACCUUCCUGGCUCCCCCCGCCUGCUACCCUCCAACUGACUUGCAACAAGUUCCCGUCACAGAUAUUGCACCUCUGCGGUUUUACUACAAUUAUGGAAUUGAACAUUACUCUCAAAGAGUAAGACCGACUCCACCUUGUUACUUGAACACUGCCGUGACUUACCUUCCCGACAACUCCAUGAGUCCUGCAGUGUACGAUCACGGACCAUCAACGCCAAUCACCACUCCAGACUCGGCUGUGGUGAUGAGUCCUUCGCCAGUGUUCCGUCACCCACGUCCGGACUCGCUGCCUCUGCUGCCCAUGCCUCCGGAACCAGACUCCACCACCCACCACUCGUACUACCCCUCGGCCAGCCAUAAUCUGGCCCCUAGGUUCAAGAACAAGCUCAGGAACAUGCAAGCUGGAAGACCCUGUGAACCGCCAGUUGUCCAGCAGCCGGAAGUGUCGAGCACCACGAGUGUACCGGUCCCGGCACACUACCUGGCGCCGCCACUCUACUACCAUCCGCUUGGUGUGGAGGUUGAGUCCAAUUAUUUGGAGUACGGCGUGUACGACCCUAACCUCAUUUACUUCCCACCAGUUCAGCCCGCCGUGCCUCCGCCUCAUUAUUUCCACCCAGACGCUCUCUUCUAUCAACACUUGAUGGCUGCUCCCCUGCCUUCUGCCAUCUAAGUGUUGCCACUGCUAUCAUAGCAAACCCGGUGCUGAUUACCUGUAAGGUAUGAGUCUUGUGACCUUAAAGUUGCCUUAGUGUUACAAUUUUGAUUUUCCUUUUUAUGUAUGUUGAGAUACACAAUUAUGUUAAAAACACAAAAUAACUAAAUGUAAUAUAAGUAUUUUUUUACCUGAGCACAAUUAGGUAGAUUACUUAAAUAGUUAACAGUGUGGUUUACGAUUGAUUUAAUAUAUUCAUGUGAUCAAGUACAGUAGAACCUCAAUUCACCGUUGCUUUUUUAACCGUAAAUCAGUUAUUUGUU